GCUCCCGCUGCGGCUCCCGCUCCCGCUCCCGCUCCCGCCCGCGGGCGGGCCAUGUCUCCGGCCCCGGCAGCCGCGCGCACCCAGGCCCGGCGAUGAGGAGCGGCGCGGAGCGCAGGGGCAGCAGCGCCUUGGCGCCCCCCGGCUCGCCGCCCCCCGGCCGCGCGCGCCCCUCCGGCCCCGACGCGCCCCCCGCGCCGCCGCCGCCCGCCACCGGCCAGCCCCGGGCCCGGGACGCGGGCGAUGUCCGCGCGCAGCCGCGCCCCCUGUUCCCGUGGAGCAAGUGGAAGAAGAGGAUGGGCUCCUCCAUGUCGGCGGCCACGGCGCGGAGGCCGGUGUUUGACGACAAGGAGGACGUGAACUUUGACCACUUCCAGAUCCUUCGGGCCAUCGGAAAGGGCAGCUUUGGCAAGGUGUGCAUCGUGCAGAAGAGGGACACGGAGAAGAUGUACGCCAUGAAGUACAUGAACAAACAGCAGUGCAUUGAGCGGGACGAGGUGCGCAACGUGUUCCGGGAGCUGGAGAUCCUGCAGGAGAUCGAGCAUGUCUUCCUGGUGAACCUAUGGUACUCCUUCCAGGAUGAGGAGGACAUGUUCAUGGUGGUGGACCUGCUUCUGGGCGGAGACCUGCGCUACCACCUGCAGCAGAACGUCCAGUUCUCCGAGGACACGGUGAGGCUGUACAUCUGCGAGAUGGCGCUGGCCCUCGACUACCUGCGCAGUCAGCACAUUAUCCACAGGGACGUCAAGCCUGACAACAUCCUGCUGGAUGAGCAAGGACACGCGCACCUGACCGACUUCAACAUCGCCACCAUCAUAAAGGACGGGGAGAGAGCCACCGCGCUGGCCGGGACCAAGCCAUACAUGGCGCCCGAGAUCUUCCAGUCCUUCGUCAGCGGUGGCAGCGGCUAUUCCUUUGAGGUGGACUGGUGGUCGGUGGGGGUGCUGGCCUACGAGCUGCUGCGAGGAUGGAGGCCCUACGACAUCCACUCCAGCAACGCCGUGGAGUCCCUGGUGCAGCUGUUCAGCACGGUGAGCGUCCAGUACGUCCCCACCUGGUCCAAGGAGAUGGUGGCCCUGCUGCGGAAGCUCCUCACGGUGGAUCCCAAGCACCGGGUGUCCAGCCUGCAGGACAUGCAGGCGGCCCCGUCACUGGCCGGCGUGCUGUGGCAGGAUCUGAGCGAGAAAAAGGUGACGCCAGGCUUCGUGCCCAACAAAGGCCGCCUCCACUGCGACCCCACCUUCGAGCUGGAGGAGAUGAUCCUGGAGUCCAGGCCCCUGCACAAGAAGAAGAAGCGGCUGGCCAAGAACAGGUCCCGGGACAGCAGCAGGGACAGCUCUCAGUCCGAGAAUGACUACCUUCAGGACUGCCUUGAUGCAAUCCAGCAAGACUUUGUGAUUUUUAACAGAGAAAAGCUGAAGAGGAGCCAGGACCCCGCCAGCGAGCCCCUGCCCGCCCCCGAGGCCGCGGACGCUGCCGACGACGCGCUGCCCGUGUGCGGCUCCAUCUGCCCCUCCCGCCUCACCGAGACUUAACUCCGGUCGCGCUGGGGACUCAGUCCGCCCGGAGGACGGAGGACGGGCGGGGGCGGCGGGCAGAGGCCAGCGUGGACGUGCCCAGCCAGGCAGCCCGGCUCCUCCCGGCACAGGCCUGGCUGGUGGCCCCGCGCUCCCUGGCCGUCCUCACGGGGACGGGCCACUGCGAGCUGCCCGCUGGCCCUCGGGGCGGACGGCCACCGGGGGCGGUCGGUGCGGCCGAGGACGGUGGGCCAGGGGCUGGGGGCGCCUCCCCCGGCUGCUCGGUUCCUGUGGUGGCCGGAGGCCUGUGGCUCCCGGUGGCCCUGACCCGCUGCCGGCGGCCGGACGUCGUGCGCUGGCUGCCCACGGCCCACUUGGGCUUGUACAUUGGGGGGAAAUGGAGUGUUUUUAUAGAUCCACACUGUUCCGGCGACUUCCGUGUUUCUGUAGAUUUCUCACCUCUGAGCAUCACGACAUAAGAGCU